AAGCAGGGCGGUGUGGACGUGUGCACGCGGGCCAUCAUGGCGGGCGCCGUGGAGCCGUACCUGGACUCGCUGCGGCGGGAGCUGCAGUCUCCCGGCCCUGCCGCUCUCUCCGUCCUCGUGGCGCUGCUCGUCGUCGCCUUCACUCUCCUGCUGUGGAGGCUCGCGCAGGGCGCACGGAGCAGCCGCAGGGCUGUGUUACUGCUGGGCCUCUGCGACGCGGGGAAGACGCUGCUGUUCGCACGGCUGCUGACGGGCAGGUACCGAGAUACUCAGACCUCCAUCACCGACAGCGCUGCUGUGUACAGAGUGAGCAACGACAAGGGCACUAAUGUGACUUUAAUCGACCUCCCAGGCCACGAAAGCUUGCGACUUCAGUUCUUGGAGAGGUUCAAGGCUGCAGCCAGGGCCAUUGUGUUUGUGGUGGACAGCGUAGCCUUCCAGCGGGAGGUGAAGGAUGUGGCUGAGUUCCUGUACCAGGUCCUGGUUGACAGCACUGUUCUCAAAAAUGCACCUGCGCUGCUGAUCGCUUGCAAUAAACAAGAUGUCACAAUGGCAAAGUCUGCAAAACUCAUUCAACAGCAGCUGGAGAAAGAGCUUAACACCUUACGAGUGACCCGCUCUGCAGCCCCCACCAGUUUGGAUGCCUCAGCCACUGGGGGACCUGCUCAGCUGGGAAAGAAGGGCAAGGACUUCGACUUCUCUCAGCUGCCCAUGAAGGUGGAGUUUGUGGAGUGCAGUGCUCGUGGCAGCAAGGGAGAGGAGGGAGAUGCUGACUUUGAGGACCUUGAGAAAUGGCUGGCCAAGAUCGCCUGAUCAGAGAAGGGCAGGGUGAGAGGGAGAGACCUGAGGACACGUGGGGGGCCCAUCAGGGGAGUGAAAGAAAAUAGAUGGUUUGAAGUACUCGGAUCUUACCAAAGCAGAAAGUGAAUGCUGGAAAAGCAUUGCAUUGUCUUCCUCUGUUUGGGAGCAUAUAACAUUUACUGGUGUGAUUUCCUCUCUGUCUCUGUCACACCACCACCUUUUUUCCCCUCUCUCCUCUGCUUUUUUUCCUGCGUUGCUGACCCAAUAGGCUUCUGUGUUUCCUUGAAAUCUUUUGUAUUUUCAUCAUCCAGCUGCCAAUCAACUUAGGAAGGAAUACACUGCCAGGUGAGUCUAGAAACUGUAGUCUGUCCUUUUCUGCUUUGUAUUAGCAUUGCAUCGCUGUUUCUUCAUGGAGGUGUAGUCCAGUUUUUGUGGAACUGGAGUGGCUUGUUAAAUUUCAAAGGCAAGCUGGUUGAUCUGCCCUUGUCACUGUGCAGUGCCUGUGUCUGGCUGUGGUGCCCAUGUCUCUGGUUGACUCCUUUUGCUGGACAGCUCUUGGGAGUUUUUCUUUCUGUCAGGGCUGUGCCUUGAAAGCUUGUUUCGCUCUAUUCUUUCUGUACUUCAGGCUCUUCUCCAACAGACUGUAAACAAGUGAAUGGCACUUACAGAAUGGUCCUAGCUUGAACCAAUGGAAGUGGCAUAUUUUUGGAUUCAUAUGUAUGUUAGGAGUUAGAUCUGUCAUGACAGACCCUUGCUGUUCUUUUUCCUGCCCGUCUCCUAUCCAGUGUCUACCAUUAGGAGCCCUUUUUGUGUUAUUCAUCAUAGCAGUUGCAGCAAAAUGAAGAGAAAGGUGAGCUUGAUAGCACGUUGGUGUGAGCGUGAUUCUUCCUUACAAGGAAGAUGCUUAUUGGAGAAGAACAUGAGAGCUUUUCCCAGUAUUUGUGGUGGUUGAAGGCAAAGCUGCUGCUGUGUGUGAUCUCAUCAGGGACUGCUGCCUGUUGCUGUAGCUCUUGGGGAGGCUCAGCUGGGCUGCUUUGAAGCUUGUUGAGACAGUAGUUGGGUCUGAUUCAGUAUGCCUUAGACCUGAACUUUCCAAAAGUUCCUUUGCUUUCCCUUUUCUUUGCUGUAGCCAGGAACAUUGGUUGUGUUGAGGGAGAAAUUGCAGCAGCAUCUGUGAGACUGUUUCAGUUUGUCCUUUCUGAACUACAGCCUUAAGACACUUGUCAGUUGCCCUGCCCAGCAGCUAUGUGCUGUGCUGUGGGAUGCUGGCUCUACACAACAUCUCUGUGAGGAGGAUUACUCUCCAGGAUUCGAUGCUGGGAACUACAAGGUCCUACUGCAUCUAGUUUUAUUGGGUUUUGUGUAGUUCUAAGCAAGGAGCAAACUUAGGCUUCUCAUGCACCUUUUCUGUCCUUUGUGGGUUUCUCUCUGGUUUAGUGCUUGCUUAAUGGCUCAUCUGAUCUGUUAUGCUCCUUUCUGGGCAUCAUCUGACUCCCUGUUGUACUGCUACAUGUUAGUAGUGAUGGGGGGAACACAAACAGGCUUCAGCAAAGACCUGUGCUCACAGUGAAGCUCUAAAGAUAAGCUGGGAGCUGUGCUGUCCCACAUAGGAGAAUAGGAGGGGUUAUAUUUAGGGACUGUGUUACAUUUUGAUAUUUGCUGCAGCCAAAGCAUUGCUGAAGUGUGUUUGUUGUGCUUGAACUCCCUUUGCUGCAGAAUAUUGCUGUUUGCUUGAGUGGUAGUUCUGUUUGCUAAGACCUACCUCCUUCGAAAUCAGAGUUGUACACCGCUGUCAGGUGGAAUAAAGUAGCAUGAGACCCUGUUUGGUUUUAAGUUAUUUCUGUAAUAAAGCAUUUGACUAAAAGUUUCUUCUCAA